AAAGAAAGAAACUUGUUAUAAGAGAGAACUGGUAGGCUCGAUUAUGAUUUAUGAUGCAAACAAGUUUCCUCUGUCUUUACCCAGAAGAUCCUAUAUUCGUUUCUCGAUCAAGCUAAACCCUAAUAAUCGAGCUCCUAUUUCCCGUUUUCUCCGCUGUUUUCCUAAUAUCAAGCCCUAAUCGUUGUAGCAACCUUGACUCCGUCAAACGCGAAAUCUCCUUGAUUGGCUCUGAAUUUGAGGACACUUGAUGGAUAAUAAUAACUGGAGGCCUUCUCUUCCAAACGGAGAACCUGCCAUGGACUCAGGUGACUGGAGAACUCAAUUGCCUCCUGAUUCACGUCAGAAGAUCGUCAACAAGAUAAUGGAAACACUCAAGAAGCACCUUCCGUUUUCUGGACCUGAGGGAAUUAACGAGCUCAGGAGAAUUGCAGCCAGAUUCGAGGAGAAAAUUUUCAGCGGUGCUGUUAACCAGACUGAUUACCUUCGGAAAAUAUCAAUGAAGAUGCUGACAAUGGAGACUAAAUCACAAAAUGCAGCUGGUUCUUCCGCAUCUAUCCCUGCCGCUAAUAAUGGCACAUCCAUAGAUUCGAUACCCACCAAUCAAGGUCAUCUUCUUCCAGGAUCGCUACCAACCAAUCAAUCUCAAGCGCCUCAGCCGUUACUGUCCCAAACCAUGCAGAAUAAUAGCGCCUCUGGAAUGACGGGUUCUACUGCUUUACCAUCUUCCAUGCCGCCGGUUUCUUCCAUAACCAAUAAUAACGCCACAAGCGUCGUAAACCAGAAUGCCAAUAUGCAAAAUGUAGCUGGAAUGUUGCAAGAUUCAUCUGGGCAGCAUGGCCUUUCCUCGAACAUGUUUUCAGGAUCCCAAAGGCAGAUGCUUGGAAGGCCACAUGCUAUGUCUUCACAGCAACAACAGCAGCCAUAUCUUUAUCAGCAGCAGCUACAGCAGCAACUUCUCAAGCAGAACUUCCAGUCAGGGAAUGUUCCCAAUCCCAAUUCGCUUUUGCCAUCACACAUUCAACAACAGCAACAAAAUGUGCUGCAGCCAAAUCAACUGCAUUCGUCUCAACAACCUGGCGUUCCAACAUCUGCUACGCAGCCCUCCACUGUGAACUCAGCUCCUCUCCAGGGACUCCACACAAAUCAGCAAUCAAGUCCGCAAUUGUCUUCUCAGCAGACGACACAAUCUAUGCUUCGUCAGCAUCAAUCGUCAAUGCUAAGGCAACAUCCGCAAUCACAACAAGCCUCUGGCAUCCAUCAGCAGCAAACUUCAUUGCCGCAGCAAUCAAUUUCUCCUCUACAACAGCAGCAAACACAAAUAAUGCGGCAACAAGCUGCAAAUAGCUCAGGCAUCCAACAGAAGCAGAUGAUGGGGCAGCAUGUUGUUGGGGAUAUGCAGCAGCAACAUCAGCAAAGGUUACUGAACCAACAAAAUAAUAUUAUGAACAUACAACAGCAGCAGUCGCAGCAGCAACCACUGCAGCAGCCACUGCAGCAGCCACAGCAACAGCAAAAACAGCAGCCACCGGCCCAGCAGCAGUUGAUGUCUCAACAAAACAGCCUCCAGGCAACUCAUCAGCAACCACUGGGCCCUCAAAGCAAUGUUGCAGGAUUGCAGCAACCACAACAACAGAUGCUCAAUUCCCAGGUUGGCAAUUCGAGUUUGCAGAAUAACCAGCACUCGGUGCAUAUGUUAUCACAACCAACGGUUGGGCUGCAACGAACACAUCAGGCUGGCCAUGGCUUGUUUUCUUCUCAGGGCCAACAGUCACAAAAUCAGCCAUCCCAACAGCAGAUGAUGCCACAGCUUCAAUCGCAUCAUCAGCAACUAGGUUUGCAACAACAACCUAAUCUGCUACAACAGGAUGUGCAACAAAGGCUACAAGCUUCAGGCCAAGUCACAGGUUCCCUGCUUCCACCUCAAAAUGUUGUGGACCAACAGAGACAACUAUAUCAAUCCCAAAGAACCCUUCCGGAGAUGCCAUCAUCAUCGCUGGAUUCGACGGCACAGACGGAAAGUGCAAAUGGAGGUGACUGGCAAGAGGAAGUUUAUCAGAAGAUCAAAUCUAUGAAAGAGACGUACUUACCAGAUCUGAAUGAAAUCUACCAGAGAGUUGCAGCUAAGUUGCAGCAAGAUUCUCUUCCACAGCAACAAAGAUCAGAUCAGUUUGAGAAAUUGAAACAAUUCAAAACAAUGUUGGAGCGAAUGAUUCAAUUUCUAUCUGUUUCAAAGAGCAAUAUCAUGCCCGCAUUAAAGGAUAAGGUGGCUUAUUAUGAGAAGCAGAUUAUAGGUUUCUUAAAUAUGCACAGGCCGAGGAAGCCAGUACAGCAAGGGCAGCUUCCGCAAUCUCAGAUGCAGCCUAUGCAGCAACCGCAAUCUCAGACAGUUCAAGAUCAAUCUCAUGAUAACCAAACAAAUCAGCAAAUGCAAUCAAUGAGCAUGCAGGGUGCUGGGCCAAGGGCACAACAGAGUAGUCUGCCAAAUAUGCAGAACAAUGUUCUAUCAUCUCGUCCUGGAGUUUCAGCUUCACAGCAGAACAUUCCCAGUACCAUACCGGCUUCUAGUUUAGAAUUAGGCCAAGGAAAUGCCUUGAAUACUGGCCAGCAGGUUGCCAUGGGAUCGAUGCAACAAAAUACUUCUCAACAAGUAAAUAACAGUUCUGCCUCUGCUCAAAGUGGGUUAAGCACACUUCAGACUAAUGUAAAUCAACCCCAGUUAAGUUCCAGUUUGCUUCAGCAUCAGCACCUCAAGCAACAGCAAGAUCAACAAAUGACGCAGCAGUUCAAACAGCAAUUUCAACAGCGCCAGAUGCAACAGCAACAGUUGCAAGCAAGACAGCAACAGCAACAGCAACAGUUGCAAGCAAGACAGCAAGCGGCACAAUUACAGCAGAUGAAUGAUAUGAAUGAUUUAACUUCAAGGCAGGGGAUGAAUGUCAGUCGUGGGAUGUUUCAGCAACAUUCUCUGCAGGGUCAGCGUGCUACUUAUCCUCUUCAACAGUUAAAACCAGGAGCUGUUUCCUCGCCUCAACUUCUGCAAGGUGCAUCUCCUCAGAUGUCACAACAACAUUUGUCUCCUCAGGUUGACCAGAAAAAUCUAUCAACUGUCAACAAGAUGGGAACUCCAUUGCAACCUGCAAAUUCCCCUUUUGUUGUCCCAUCUCCUUCAACCCCCUUGGCUCCGUCCCCUAUGCAAGUUGACUCUGAGAAACCUGGUGCUUCUUCGUUGUCAAUGGGAAAUAUUGCACGCCAACAAGCAACUGGCAUGCAAGGUGUAGUUCAGUCCCUAGCAAUUGGCACUCCAGGGAUCUCUGCCUCUCCUCUCCUUCAGGAGUUUACUAGUCCUGAUGGAAAUAUUUUAAAUCCUUUGACAAUUACAUCUGGAAAACCGAGUGCUACUGAGCUGCCUAUUGAACGCCUUAUUAGAGCCGUGAAGUCCAGCUCACCACAAGUGCUUUCUUCUGCAGUAAGUGACAUCGGAUCGGUUGUAAGCAUGGUUGAUAGGAUAGCUGGUUCAGCACCAGGAAACGGUUCAAGAGCUUCAGUUGGUGAGGACUUGGUUGCAAUGACUAAGUGCCGCCUCCAAGCAAGAAACUUCAUGACCCAAGAGGGAAUGAUGGCGACCAAGAAAAUGAAGCGUCACACAACCGCAAUGCCACUAAGCGUUGCUUCACUGGGAGGAAGCGUUGGUGAUAACUACAAGCAGUUUGCUAGUUCAGAAACAUCAGAUCUAGAAUCCACUGCGACUUCUGAUGGCAAGAAGGCAAGAACUGAGACCGAGCAUGCCCUUUUGGAGGAAAUAAAAGAAAUAAACCAGCGGCUGAUAGAUACAGUUGUUGAGAUAAGUGAUGAUGAAGAUGCUGCUGAUCCUAGUGAGGGAGCAAUAUCAAGCAUAGGGUGUGAAGGAACAACAGUUAGAUUCUCGUUUAUAGCUGUUUCUCUCAGCCCAGCCUUGAAGGCUCAUCUCUCAUCAACACAAAUGUCUCCUAUUCAACCAUUGCGUCUACUGGUUCCUUGUAGCUACCCCAAUGGCUCUCCAUCUCUUCUGGAUAAACUGCCGGUUGAAACCAGCAAAGAAAAUGAGGACCUCUCGUCCAAAGCUAUGGCAAGGUUCAACAUAUUGCUAAGAAGUUUGUCACAGCCAAUGUCGCUCAAAGACAUAGCCAAGACAUGGGACGCCUGUGCUCGGGCUGUGAUCUGUGAGUACGCACAGCAAUUUGGCGGUGGAACAUUCAGCUCAAAAUACGGCACUUGGGAGAAAUAUGUAGCAGCUUCCUGAAUCUGGCGGAUCUCUCAGGUCCUCAACGGCAAAUCUGUGAUUCACUUGCAGUUUCAUGUCAAAACUAUUGGAAAAAAAAGCCAAAAAGGCUCCUACCUCCUUUUUUUUUUGUUGUUGUAUAGUAUAAGUUUUUUCUUACCCACAUGUGGUUGGGAGUUUUUAUCUAUUAGCAAAGCUUAUGCUGUAUUAUUGAAUAUAUAAUACAGUUAAUUAUUUACAAUUAUAUUAUUUAACUUUGUUGUAUGUAUUUUGUGAAUCUUGUUAGUACAAGUCAUUUUGAAUGUAGUGCUUUACUGAUAUACAAGUCUCUUCUCCCUUGCGAUGUGUUUUCUUUAGUUGAACUCUCUCAUCUUCAAUGUUGUUGACUCUGGCGCUCUGUUUCUAAAAAUGAAUAAAGACUCUCUUUUUUUCAAUGUUUUGUAAAUGGGCUUUAUGCAAAUUUCUCAGCUAUGUGCUUUGUAUGAGCUCGGAGGUCUUUGUUGGGUGAGUCCGUCUAACUAGUAGGACUAUAAAAGGUUCAAGUUGAUGCCUUUUCUCUCCUUCAAUCUGUGACGGGCUGUUUGGAGCUUCUCAAAAUGCUCCACUAUCCUCUUGCUUAAAUAUGGCGCUUUCCAUGUCCAAAAAAGAUAAAAGGUUAGUGGAUGCACAACACAUGUUCGAUGAAAUGCCUGAGAGAAACAGAGCCAUUGAUGAACACUUUACAACACAAUCAACAAGGGCGUAACAGCAUCGCUGGAUUCAAGUGGAAAUGUGAAGCAAGAGGAGCUUUUUCAAGAGGUACAAAUCAAAAUGAUAAUUUACCAGUGAGUUACUUUCCACUUAACUCAUAUAUUUACCCUAUAUAAUAUAAACCUACAAAACUAAACCCAAGAAACUCAGCUUUUGAUAUAGUGGAAGUUUUUUAUGAAAUACUAUUAGCAGACUUUUGUGAAUAACUCGUUAAUUUAUUCAUCACUGGACGACUUGAGAGUCAACCAAGGUAAUGGCAAGAUCUGAAAGCAAGAACCUAAUAAGUAACCAUUUGAGCCAAAAGAUCCAAUCUUUAACAGCUUCCCUUCACUCUCAAUCAUUUUCCUACUGUUGAGAUGGAAGUAAGAUCUUUGGGAGCAGAUGAGGCAUGGGAUUUCUUCUGCGAGAGAAUUGGAGACACCUUGGAGAGUCACCCGGACAUCCGUGAGCUCGCAAGGAUAGUUGUUGAAAGAUGCAGAGGCUCACCGCUCGCACUUAGUGUUAUUGGCGUGACUAUGACAGGCAAGACUUUGGUGCAAGAAUGGCGGUAUGCAAUCGACACUUUGACUUUAUCGGCGGCUAAGUUUUCAGAAGAUGGCAUAAUAUCAAAAGAAGAUUUGGUAGACUAUUGGAUUGAUGAAGGAAUCAUUGAUGGAAGAAAAGAUUGAUAUAGAGCAGAGGAGGAGGGUUACGAGAUAAUUAAUUACCUUGUUCAUGCUUGUCUAUUGAUAGAAAAUAAAUUUGGCAAUAUAGUGACCAUGCCUACCCUGGUUCGUGAAAUGGCCUUGUGGGUAGCAUCAAAUCUUGGGGAGGAGAAAGAAAACUUCAUUGUGAAAGCCGUAGCAAAACUUAAUCACACUCCAAAUGUCAAGGAUUGGAGAGGUGUGAGUAGGAUCUCAUUGUGGGGUAAUCGGAUCAAGGGUAUAAGUUGCAGUCCAGAUUGUCCCAAGCUUACAACCUUAUUCCUCCAGUUCAAUGGUCUGGGGAAGAUCUCAAGUGGACUUUUUAUGUUUAUGCCUAAUCUUGUGGUUUUGGAUCUAACGGCAAACAUUGGCCUCGAGUUGCCUGAAGAGAUUUCGAGACUGGUCUCUUUGCAGUAUCUCAACUUAUCACAUACAAAGAUAAAGGAACUUCCUCGGGGUUUAAAAGAGCUAAGGAAACUUAUACACCUGAACCUGGAGUUUACUGGAUGGCUUAAAGGAAUUGCUGGGAUAUCAAGUUUAUCAAAUCUGCAAGUUCUAAAACUGUAUUGUUCCGUCGAAUUAAAUAUGGAACUGGUGGAGGAGUUACAGCUCCUGAAGCAUUUAAAAGUUUUGACCGUCUCCGGGGGUGAUGCCUAUGUCUGGGAAAGAUUUAUGAGCAUUCCCAGAUUGGCAAGUUGCACUCGCAGUGCAACUCUUACGCACUGUGAAGCAGGAGCAGAUGGAAUAUCGAUUGCCGCGACCUCAAGUAGGCUUAGCGUCCUCCAGAUAUAUGAGUCAAACAUAAAGGAGAUAAAGAUUGAUCAGAAAGACGAUGAUCACUGCAAGCAAUAGUCCAAAGAGUCUGAGUAAUAGCUGGAACUUCCGAUACCUCAUCAAUGUGGAAAUAAGUGAAUGUCAGGGUCUGCGGGAUUUGACGUAGUUGCUCUUUGCUCCUAAUCUUGUUUGGCUGGAUGUAA